ACGUGCCGCAAAGAGACUGGAGAGUGCGUGUGUGAGCCCGGGUACACGGGGAAAAUAUGUGAUUCCUUCUGUCUCCACGAUCUUUUCCAAUUGCGAUGUCAAGGAAAUUGCAAUUGCAAUUGCAGCGGCGAAGGCCAGUGCGACUUUGAAAACAGAAAAUGCACGUGUCUCUCUGGGUGGAUGAGUCCUCAUUGCGAGUCACGUAUGUCUGCAGCUCCAAACCUUUCGACAUUUCCCUUUGUCUCGACAUUCCAUUUGAUCCUUUCCAGCGUGUCCAGAGGAUAUUUUGGAGAGCAAUGUGGGUCGGAAUGUCGUUGUCCCGAUGGGAAUUUCCAGUGUCAUCACAUCAAAGGCUGCACGUGCAAGCCAGGUUUUCAAGGUUUACCGGGUUUCUUUAGUUCGCGGUCCCGUUUCCUUUCUGAUUCCACCGGUUCACUCCUAAGUCCCACCGACAGUGAGAUCCUCGACUCAACCAGCUGGGGAUUGAUCGCUGGCAUUGCAGUGGCGCUCUUCUCCAUCCUAGUGCUGGCUGGCCUCUUGUUCUGGAUAGAACGAAGAGUUGCUCGGGUCAACAAUGCACCUUAUAGCGCUUCCUACAGGAGAGGAAUGCGGGUGGCUGAUAAGGAAAAUAUCGUUUUCUUUCGUCGA